GCUCUCCUGCCGCAGGCGCGGGGAAGGGUUCUUCCUGGACCCAGAGAGGCGGCUGCUUUCGCUUUCGACGGGAUGGGUCCCCAAUGAGCCGCUGUAGAGGCGCCCAGACGGGCCUUGCUCGAUUUUGCCGCCGUCAUGACGCCCAAGCUCUUGGCCAAUAGGAGCCGCCCGGGGUGUGACGCGCGGCCAAUCAAAGAGCAGCGGCGAGGGCGGUGUCUCUGGUCCUGGCGGCGGAGGGCUCCAUGGCGGCCGGCGGGAGCUGCCUACACGCCUGGCGGGAAGAGAACGACGCGCUGGCCGGGCGCUGGCGGAGGGUGACCAGCUCCCCAGGCCCAGACGGCUCAGUGAAGCAAGCCGCUCAGCAGUGCCAGCUCGCCUUCACUCAGCUGCUGCAGAAAAUCCAAGGACUUCCGGCUGCACUCGCAGCUCUGCCGCUGGAGCUGACCGUCCUCUGCAAUUCCCUGCUGCUUGAUAUUGGGCUGGCCAGUGACUGUCGGGAGAAGCUCUUGGCACGCAUCGGCCACGGGCUUGGAAGGGUUCUCGAGGCUCGUGCUGUGUCUGGGCAGGGGCUGAGCUUGGAAGAGAGCUGGCGGAGGGUGCUCCAGGAGGGGACACCGGAAGAGCUGCACAUCCCUCUGCAGCGACUGGCUACCCUGCAGGGUGUGCUUUGGCUGUCAGCAGCAAGCCACCUGGGGAUGGUGGAGAGACUCUUCCGGCUCCUGAGUGGUGCUAAGAGCCCAGGGCUGCCGCCUUGCCAUGGUGGUCAGGAUGAGCUCCUUUCAUUGCUCCAGGCGUGGCAUCCACCGGAUGGCAGGGAGUCUGACCCGCUCCUAGUGCAGAGUGUUAGGGACCUGAAAGACAUGCUGUGGACUUCUGCUGCCUUUCUCCAAGGAUUCCAGGAAGUGGAGGCUGGCAAUUUCACGGCUGCUCUUGCCCUUCUCCAAGCAGCUGCUACUGGGCUCUGUUCUAAGAGAGUCUUGGCUCAGAUCUUCACUUUAAUGGGAUGCUGCCACCUUAGAAUGGGCAAGCCGCAGACAGCAAUACAGCAUCUGAAACGAGCCUUGCAGGUGGAUUUCUCAUUCCUCCCUGCCCUGUACCAAGCAGCCUUGCUGUACCACCAACUGGGGCUCACAGGAGCAGAGCUGGAGGCCCUCGCAUUGCUUUAUCAGGCUUUGGAUGACUCCACACAGGUGACAACUGAGUCCAUCUCUCCUCAUUUCUUAAUCCGAACUGAGCUCCUCACCGGCACACCACAACUGACUGCUUUCUAUGGCCUGCACCACCCUUUGGAAGUCAAGUACCUGCUGGCACAGAGGUGCCUCCAGGCAGGAAGGGCAAGUGAGGCCGUGGAGCACUACCUGGACCUUCUGGCUCAGUUGCACGAAGGGCCUCUUCACCAGGUGUGUCGGAGUCGUGACCUGGCCUUGCCCAGGGUCCCAGAGGUGUUCUUGGAAGCUGCCGCUGCCCUGGGGGAGCUGGCCCGCCACCAGGAUGCCAUUGCCCUGUGUGAGGAGGUGUUCACCCGCACAAGCAGGCUGAUCCCUGAGAGGCUGAGGAUUGACCUGAGCUUGAGUGCCGGAGAGGACCUCCUUGGGCCUGCUGGAUCCUCACCGACGGAGUCUCCACGUGGCUUCAGGCAGCGGGAGAGGGAGAGCCUGCGCUGUCUCCUCUGGCGAGCGGCUUCCUGCUUGCUCCAGGGCUGGGCGUGGGCUGCGCUCAGGGAAGCCAAGGAAGCCAUAAGCCACUUCAGCAGGUGUCUUAAUGAUCUCCUGAGAGUCCAGUUUGUGAACACAGGCAGCCACAACAGCCCUGAAGAGGAGGUGGCAGUGGACACGGCCCUCUUGGAAGCGAGGGCAAUUCCCCAGAUCAGGCAGUUGGCCCUAACCGGUCGGGGCACCCAGUUCCUGGAGAUGGGGCGAGACAAAGAGGCCUUGAUGGAUUUCCAGCACAGCUUGCAUACCUGCCCAGACAGCCUCACUGUGCAGUUGUACCUCCUGUACACCCUCUGGAAGCUGCACCGAAGGCAGGAAGCUGCUGUGCGCUGGCAGGAGUUCUGCUCAAACCCUGGCCAGAAAGAGGAGGAGGCUAAAAGACCCUUCCCAUUGUACCUGUGUUCAUGUGUGAAGCAAAUGGAGUUUCCCCAUGUGGAAUCCCUCACCAGGAACUUGGAAAGCUGUCUUGCAGGGUGCAGCCAGGGACCCUAGAGCGGCUGCUUCUCCCUCCUUGCCACCAUUCCUUUCAGACCCUCAAGCCUCUCCCAGAGUGGUUCUCCCAGGACCCCACUUUGCUUUUGAGGGGUAGUGGUGGGGAAUUUGUCUGUUUUUGUUUGAAAAUGUGGGUUUGUUGCUGAAGCAUCCUGUAAUUGUGCUCAAUGUAAUAAAACUGUUUAAGUGUG